CCUCUUCUCCUCCAUCACAGUGAUGUAGAGUCCUGAGCAUGGGGAAACACCUUCCCACUGCCAGGAACACAUACACACACUUACUUAGUGGACACACACUUCUACUCUGUGAGCGUUUGGACAUACACACUUCUACUCAUAGAGCGGUUGAUGGUGAGAAGAGCCUGGACACCAAGAAGCACAUACUGGUUCUUCAGACUUCAUCGUUUCUCCUGAACUCAGCCCUGGGCCUGGUAGAGAGGAGAGAGAACUCUCAUCACCAGAUCUUCAGGAUGGAUAAAACGUGGACAACUGUGCCACCGUGUGUAUCGUGGAAGAGGCCGUAGAGCAGACCCUGGCGAAACCUGACUCCUGUGGUGGGGGGGUGAGCUCGGGGUGAUGCGGUGCCCCACCCUGCUGGCCCUGCUGGCAGGGGUCAUGCUGUACCUGGUGAUAGGGGCGCUGGUGUUCCGGACCCUGGAAAGCCCCAAGGAGAGCAAGGAGCAUGAGAAGCUGCUCUGUACCACACGUGACUUCCUCCAAAACCACUCCUGUGUCACCGCACAGAACCUCAGCGACCUCAUCAAGAGUGUGGUGAAGGCGGUGGAGGCGGGCCUGGAUGUAAAACACAGCUCCACCAACUUCACUAGCAGGUGGGACCUGGCCAGCGCCUUCUUCUUCUGUGGUACCAUCAUCACCACCAUCGGGUUUGGUAACCUGUCUCCCAGGACCAAAUGGGGCCAGCUGUUCUGCGUGUGUUAUGCCUUGGUAGGGAUCCCUAUGUUUGGUUUCCUGCUGGCUGGUGUCGGGGACCACAUGGGGACGGGGCUGAGGAAGGCCGUGUGGAAGAUGGAGACACUUUUCCUGAAGCGGCGGGUCAGUCCCACUUAUGUGCGGGUCAUGUCUGCCGUUCUGUCCAUCCUGAUUGGCUGUCUGAUCUUCCUCGCCGUGCCAACGCUGGUGUUUAAGGAAGUGGAGGACUGGUCCUUUCUGGAGGCGCUCUACUUUGUGGUCAUCACCCUGACCACGGUCGGCUUCGGAGACUAUGUAGCAGGUGCUAACCGGCGGGACGGAGAUCUGUUUAAGCCCCUUGUGUGGCUCUGGAUAGUGUUUGGCCUGGCUUACUUUGCUUCCAUACUCACCAUGAUCGGGAACUGGCUGCGGGUGCUGUCCAAGAAAACACGUGCUGAGAUGGAGGAGUUGAGGGCCCAUGCUACAGACUGGACCCAGAACAUCCAGAACAUGUCCAUGGACUUCCGGAUCCCCAACCCUCUGGAACUCAAUGACCCCUUCCUGCUGCAGCGGCGCCGCUGGAAACGCAGCACCCGGCGACGGGUCCGCAGGGGGGCGCUGGGGCACCGCGGCAGGCAGGGCGCCAUAGGGGAGAACGGACAUCUGCCCAAUAGGUGGGUCACACGCUCCAUGACCCGUCUGGAGGUCGUGAGGUUAGGGGGGGGUGAGGUUAGGACUGAGGGGGUGAGGUUAGGACCAGGGAUGGGGCUAGGGGUAGGUUUGAGGGCAGAUUGCAGGGUCAAUGCGAGGUCAGAGGGCCGGACGGUUGCGAGGUCGCUGUCGAUGCCUGCGGCGCGCUCCGUGAUGGAGUUAGACUAUGACCCUGAUCCUGUUGCGAUAAUGAUGAUGCCAUGGGAGUCGGGCUCUGUGUCCGAGUCUCCAGAGUCUGACUCCAGAUCAGUUGUCUCCUCCUCUGACUCUCACACCUCUGACAUGUGUAUGCCAGGGCGGAGGAUGCCUUUUGCUAGUUUUGACCCCAGUGGGUCUCUCUGUACUGAACAGAGGGGACGCCAUGGAGGAUCCAGGCUGGUAUAUUUCAGGGAGGACGUCCGGUUCCCUGUGCCUCUCCAGCAACUCCCCAAGUCACCCAACUCCACCAUGCCGCUCCCCAUGACCCCUUUGCCCACCCCGCCAGGCUGCAAGAUGCUAGAUUUCUUCGGGGAGAACUUGGCCUACAUCGACGAGUCGUCAGACACGCUAAGUGACCGGAACCAGACGGUUGAGGGGGGUGUCAGUCCUCGUCCCCGGAUACACCGCAGGAGGAGCAUGAGGAGGCAGCUGAAGGAGAGGAGGGACAGCGACAUGCAGCCCCCCUCUAACCCCCCGACUCCUCCCCCCCUCCCCCAUCUCAGAGACUGACACAGUGACAUGCAGUCCCCUCCUCUAACCUCCCCACCCCUCCCCCAUCUCAGAGACUGAUGAACAAACUGACAGACACAGGUCAUGAAGGGGGAUACUAAGGCUGGUCUUUAUUACCAGUGUCCAAAGGAGAGGCAGACCUUAAAGCUCAGAUGGACUUAUGUACUGGGGAUAAAUGUGGCCCAGGCCAACAAUUCAUUAGAUCUCACUGACUGAGGACCACAGUCACCAUUGAGAAAUAUUUGUAUGAAAACCAAUGAAUGUAUUCAGCAGCACAGAUAUAGAAUAUAUAAACUGUCUCAGCUCAGUGAAGUCAGACUCACUGGGUUGAGAAAUAGUACCAAGUGUAGUACAACAGCUCCUCUGCAUAGGUGUAGAGGCUGCUGUCCUGUCUGCUACUGGAGCUCGGCCCAACCUCAGCCACCGUUUUUAAAUGACACUAAAGUGGAAGGACUUUUUUUAAUAACCAUUUAGAUCUGGUGUCAGAGGUCCAUAUCUCUGUAUAUCCAGUGUCCUUCAGCAUGUGGGAUAUUCAGUACUCUGCUUGUAUAGCUUGUUUGUUUUGACGCUGUUCUCUUGCCCUGAAUGUGUAUGUGCCAAACUGGUAUUUAAAAUAGAAUUGUGCUUUUCUAAAUAAAGGAAAGUCCUAUACAAACCUACAAUACUGUAUGUUUGAUAGACUGAUGAGAUAACAACAUGAUAUACUGUGUAGAGAGGCCUU